CGUCUCUUCAACGAGUAUUAUGGGCUGUCCGUGAUCAUACUGGCCGAGGUUGUGGCGGAGAAAAAAACCGUGGGACAGAAGUAAACAUGGAGCUCUCCGCCGUCGGGGAGAGGGUUUUCGCGGCCGAAUCCAUCAUCAAGCGACGCAUAAGAAGAGGGCGGAUGGAGUAUCUGGUGAAAUGGAAAGGCUGGUCUCAGAAAUACAGCACCUGGGAGCCAGAGGAAAAUAUUCUGGAUGAACGUCUGUUCGCUGCUUUCGAGGAGAGAGAGCGGGAGAGAGAAUUAUAUGGGCCUAAAAAGAGAGGACCGAAACCAGAAACUUUCUUAUUGAAGGCGAAGGCUAAAGCCAAAGCCAAAAGUGACGAAUUCCGAAGAGAAAUGUCACGAGAGAUUAGAGUUUCGUUCCCCGUCGCAGAACCAGUUGUCACACCUCGAGCUCGAGAAGGGCUAAGAACAGUCGUACCUACUAUCUUCCCUCCAAGCACUGUCAACAGGGGAGAAAGUGUCCGUGUUCGAUCGCCAGAGCCAGAGAGGAGAUCUCGACCUCCUGUAUCUCCAACACACGCCCUUAUGGACGCAGUUAAUACACCAAAAAAGAGAGGACCAAAACCAAAGUUGCGUUUCCCUGUUAGUGCCCCUAGCAGCAGUUGUUCUCCCACUGAUCCUGUUAAGAGGAGAGCAGAUGAACAUUUAUCUUUUAUUCCAACAAAAAUUUCCAGGCCUGCUCAUCAUUCAGGAGAAACAUCCAACUGCAGUGUUAUCCAGUUAACUCAGAGGUUUCAAGCAGAAAGCGGUAAGCCUCCAAAACAGCUCGCUUGUGGAUCAAGUAGCGGCGUUGCUCUUGGAGGCACUCUGCGAAAAACAGCUCAUGAUAUUCUGGGACAUGGCACAAAGCACUUCUCAAGUGGCCCAUCAGUUCCACACACCAAGAGGAAACAUCUUUCCAAGAACAGUUUAUUUCAGCCUGAUGACCUGCCCAUCGAUCACUUGUCUCCGAAAUACCCUGUACCACAGAAUCAUGGAGAUGAAGACGAGGAAUCCUGGACUCCGUGCCUGAAUAACAUGGAGAAAAUUAUCGUGACAGAUAUAACCAGUAACUCAUUGACUGUAACGAUUAAGGAGAGCUCCACAGACCAAGGCUUCUUCAAAGAACAGAGAUGACUUGUGUACUUCUUGGUCAGCUGAUGAAAUUGCUAUGAAAUAUUAUCUAUCCAUUAACAGCCUAUGUUUCUAUCAUUUCUAGACUAACUGUACAGCACGUCUUGCAAUCUAUAUGUAAAUAUGUAACAAAAAGAAAAUAGUCAGCAUAUACAUUUCCAUUCAUAUUUUCUAUGAAAAUGAAGUUUAUUUUUUUACUUCCCAAGGUAUCUGUAAUUGUCCAGAGAUCAGUUUGUAUCAGUUUGCCUAUGUCAGCUGUAGUGCGGGUGUAAAGGCGCACAAUGUCGCCUAAACGCACUGCAUUGACUACGUGCGAAACUGCAUACUAGCGUACUAGAUAGUAAACCUGCCGUGCAGCGCGUGCUGUGCUUAUAUACUGCGUAGUACGCUAGUAUGGAUUUCGCGUGUACAGGCGCUGGGCCUCUUUCAACGCACGGCACCUUUUAUCCAGGGGGACCAGUAAGAUCCUCCUGUAUUAUCCCCUGUGUUCUUUAUUGUAUUGUGUGAAUAGAGUUUGUGGAUAUUUGAAGGUCUAGCAUUGUCGUGUAUUAAAGCACAAAGUAAAUAUGAAUAUAAAUGCUGACCAAACCA